AUGCCCCUCAAGCCUAUUCCCUCGCCUCCUGCCUACCCCCUGCUAGGCCAUGCCGGCACAGGUGUGGUAGAUCCCACCAACUCCGCGCGCUCCUUCGCCCUCCUACGCGCAAAAUACGGUCCCAUCUACACACUCAACUUCUUCGGCCGUACUAUUGUGCUCGUCAGCUCCCAACGGCUCGUAAACGAGCUGUGUGACGAGAGCAGGUUUCACAAGAAGGUCGAGGCGGGUGUGCUGGAGGUCGUGAGGAAUGGGGCUGGGGACGGCCUGUUUACCGCUUAUGACGGGGAGGAGAACUGGGGGAUCGCCCAUCGCAUUCUCAUGCCCGCCUUCGGACCCUCACAAAUCCUCUCCAUGUUCCCCCAGAUGCUCGAUCUCAACUCCCAGCUCUUGCUAAAAUGGGAACGUUUCGGCCCCGACACGCCAUUCGACCCUGCCGAGGACUUUACCCGUCUGGCAUUCGACACCGUCGCGCUGUGUGUGAUGAAUUACCGGUUCAACAGUUUUUACGAGAGGGAGAUGCCACCUUUUAUUGGCGCUAUGGGGAGGUUUCUUGUCGAGAGCGGCAUGAGGGUCCAGAGGCCGAAGGUCGUCCAGAGCUGGAUGAAGGAGACUAAUAGGCAGUACGAAGCCGAUAUCAAGCUGAUGGUCGACGUCUGUGACCAGAUCGUGGCGCACAGGAAACAGCACCCUCUCCCCGAAGGCCAAAAGGACUUGCUAUCCCUCAUGCUCUCCGGACAGGAUAGCAAGACUGGCCGCUCGCUCACAGACGCCAACAUCCGUAAUCAGCUCAUCACCUUCCUCAUAGCAGGGCACGAGACCACUUCCGGCCUUUUGAGUUUCACGCUCUACCACCUCCUCUCGAAUCCCCGCGCAUAUGCCGCGCUGCAGAAAGAGGUGGACACCGUCCUAGGCAAAGAAGCAAUCAAUGUCCAUCAUCUCCCCAAGCUCGAGUACGCGAACGCUGUCCUCAGGGAAUCGAUCCGCCUCAACCCGCCAGCGGGGGCGAUCACUGUCUCUCCCGUUCAACCCACCGAGGUCCUCGGGGGCAAGUACGAAGUCCGCCAUGGUUGGAACCUACUUAUCGACCUCAACGGCUUGCAGCGUGAUCCCGAAGUAUGGGGGGAAGACGCGGACGAGUUCAAGCCCGAACGGAUGCUAGGAGGGAAGUUCGAGCAGCUGCCUCCCAACAGCUGGAAACCGUUUGGAAACGGUGCACGAGCAUGUAUCGGGCGUCCGCUCGCUUGGCAAGAAGCGAUCAUGAUGCUUGCAACCCUUUUCCAGAGGUUUGAUAUCCGGUUCGAUGACCCUGGGUAUCAUUUGCAGAUCAAGCAGACCUUGACUACCAAGCCGAAGGACUUUAAGAUCCACGCUAUUCCCCGGCAAGGGGCUAGAGUCGUUGGCCCCGGAGUGUCCGCUGCAGAACCUGAGGCUGCGACAGUACAGCACGUCCAAAUCCCGACUGUUGACCUGAAGGGGAAGGGCACACCGCUCCACAUCUACUUUGGGAGCAACACCGGCUCGUGCGAAGGGUUCUCCCAGCAAGUCGCCUCCGACGCUUCUGCGCACGGCUUCUUAGCCACCCUGGCCACGCUGGAUAGCGUCGAAGACCCCUCCAAGCUCCCGCGGGACGGGCCCGUCCUGGUCCUCUGUGCGAGCUACGAAGGUCAGCCGGCGGACAACGCUGCUCAUUUCGUGCAAGCGCUGGUGGACCUCUCCCCUGCCAACGCCCCGCUCAAAGGGGUCAAAUACGCCGUCUUCGGAGCGGGAAAUCAUGAUUGGGCGCGGACGUUCCAGAGGAUCCCGACGCUGGUCGAUGCCCGGCUUGAGGAGCUUGGCGGGGAACGACUGGCUCCCCGGGGAGUGGGGGACGCAGGCGGUGCGGACCUGUUUGGCGAGUUUGACGCUUGGGAAAAAGCUGUCUGGCCUGUGCUGGGCAAAGCGUUUGACACGCUUUCCCCGCCUGGCUCGCCCCGUACCGAGGAGGAGGAGGAUCUUGUUGUGACUGUUGCUGGGAUGGCGAGGACGAUCCGGCUCAGACAGCCCUAUCUCAGCCAGGGGAUAUGUGUCGAGAACCGGGUGCUUACUGCCCCUGGUGUCCCGGAGAAGAGGCACUUGGAAUUCCGCUUACCCCCAGAGAUCUCGUACCGCCCUGGGGACUACCUCGCUAUCCUUCCCCUCAACCCGCCUGAGACGGUCCGCCGGGUGUUGAAGCAUUUCCAACUCCUCGCAGAAACAAAGGUCGCGAUCAAGAGUAAGGGCCCGACGACGCUUCCGACAGACGAGCCGAUCAGCCUGCAAGAGCUGUUUUCGGAGUAUGUCGAGCUGAGCCAGCCUAUGACUCAGCGCAACUUGGACGACGUGCUGCGGUUUGCUCCUCGUGAGGGGGAGGAGAGGGCGGCGCUCGACAAGGUUGUGGCGAACGCAAAGGUGGAGAUAUUCGACAAGCAUUUAUCGGUGCUCGACCUCCUCGAGAAGUUCCCCUGUAUCAACGUCCCCCUUGGGCACUUUAUAAAGCUCCUCCCGGGCAUGCGUAUCAGGCAGUACAGUAUCUCCUCAUCUCCGCUCUGGAAGCCGGACCACUGCACGCUCACUUUCUCCGUCCUGCGUGAGCUGUCCCGCGCCGGGGAGGGAGAAUUUGUAGGCGUAGCGAGCAACUACCUCGCUGCUCUCAAACCUGGUGAUACCGUCGCCCUCGCCGUUCGGCCGAGCGCGGUCAACUUCCACCUUCCUGCGGACAGCUCCAAGCCAGUGGUAAUGUUCUGCGCUGGCUCGGGUUUUGCCCCUAUGCGGGGGUUCAUCCAGGACCGGGCGGAACAGAUUGCUGCUGGGAGAACGGUAGGCAAGGCCUUACUGUUCGUGGGCUGCCGGGGACCGGAAGAAGAUUUCUUGUAUGCGGAUAGGGAGCUGGCGGGAUGGAUCGAGUGUGGAGCUGUGGAUGUCAGGCCUGCUUUCUCUCGCCAUCCCGAGCUGAGCGAGGGAUGUAAACAUGUCCAAGACCGCGUAUGGAACGACCGGACUGAUAUCUUCCCACUCUAUGACGCUGGAGCCAAGUUCUUCUCAUGUGGCAUGUCGGGUAUGUCACAGGGAGUGAGAGGCAAGUGUAUCCAGAUGAUCCAGGAGCGCACGAACUGGGGUGAGGAGAAGAGCGAGGAGAGGUUCCAGAAGAUAUCUAUUGAGCGGUAUUCUACUGAUGUGUUUGGAUGAGCUACACAGGGAAAGGCGAAAUAUGAAAAGCUUCACAGCAAGUUGAACGUAGAUAUACAUGUAACUACU